GGGAGGAGAAAGGGAGGCUGGGCCAGCCAGCGGAAUGCUACGUGUCUCGGAAGCCCUUUUUAAAGCCCCCCUCGUCGCCUUCGUUUUUCGGAUGAAAAAGAAAAAAAGUUAACGACGACCGACUCCAGCACUAUCCCCAGGCCCUGUGUGCGAAGCGCAGCGAGCACGGUGUCCAGCAGUCCCAUCGGCGGUGUCGCCCUCAUCGGAAAUGUCCGGAGUGAAGAAGCCUCGUACGAAUCUCAGCAGGUCUACCAAUGUGGUCUACCAGGCCCACCAUGUCAGCCGGAGCAAGAGGGGGCAGGUUGUGGGCACCAGGGGCGGGUUCAGAGGGUGCACCAUCUGGCUUACAGGUUUGUCCGGGGCAGGAAAAACUACCAUCAGUUUUGCCCUGGAAGAGUUCUUGGUGUCCCAUGCCAUCCCUUGCUACUCCCUGGACGGCGACAACAUUCGUCACGGCCUGAACAAGAAUUUGGGCUUUUCCACCGAGGACCGCGAGGAAAACAUCCGUCGCAUCGCUGAGGUGGCCCGACUGUUUGCGGACGCCGGACUCGUUUGCAUCACGAGUUUCAUCUCCCCCUUUGCCAAGGAUCGUAACGAGGCCAGGAAAAUCCACGCAAGCGCCGGGCUCCCGUUUUUCGAGGUGUUUAUCCACGCUCCCUUGGAGGUGUGUGAAAGCAGAGACGUAAAAGGACUCUACAAGAAGGCUCGAGCUGGCGAGAUUAAAGGCUUCACAGGGAUCGAUUCUGACUACGAGCGCCCGGAGGCAUCGGAGCUGGUGCUGAAAACCGGAGAGCUCUCUGUGAAUGAGUGCCUCCAACAAGUGCUGGAGAUGCUCCGCGAGCAGAACAUUGUGCCGGGGGAGAUCAUGGAGGAGGUGAAUGAACUAUUUGUUCCAGAGAAUAGGCUGAAUCUCGCCGUGGCCGACGCAAGCACGCUGCCUACCAUCAGCAUCACCAAGUUGGACUUGCAGUGGGUGCAGGUUUUGGCCGAGGGCUGGGCCAGUCCUCUGAAGGGCUUCAUGAGAGAGCGAGAGUUCCUCCAGGUCUUGCACUUUGGCAACCUCUUGGAUGGUGGCGCCAUCAACAUGUCCGUCCCCAUCGUCCUGCCCGUCAGCACCGAGACCAAGCAAGAGUUGGACGGCUGUGCGGCCAUCGCGCUGGAGUACGGGGGCUUCCGGGUGGCCAUUCUGCGGAACCCGGAGUUCUAUGAACACCGCAAGGAGGAACGUUGUGCGCGACAGUGGGGAACCACGUAUCCGCAACACCCUUACAUCAAGAUGGUUAUGGAGGGAGGUGACUGGCUGGCUGGUGGGGACCUGGAGCUGCUCGAGCCCAUUAAAUGGAACGACGGACUGGACCAGUACCGCUUUACUCCGCGGGAGCUCAAACAAAAAUUCAAAGACAUGAAAGCAGAUGCAGUAUUUGCAUUUCAGCUGCGCAACCCGGUCCACAACGGCCACGCUCUGCUGAUGCAGGACACCAAGCGGCGGCUCCUGGAGCGCGGCUACAAGAACCCAGUCCUCCUGCUGCACCCGCUCGGCGGCUGGACCAAAGACGACGACGUGCCCCUGGACUGGCGCAUGAAGCAGCACGCCGCCGUGUUGGAGGAGGGCAUCCUGGAUCCGGCCAGCACCGUUGUGGCCAUUUUCCCCUCGCCCAUGAUGUAUGCCGGACCCACAGAGGUGCAGUGGCACUGCAGGGCCCGCAUGAUCGCAGGGGCCAACUUCUACAUCGUCGGCCGGGACCCCGCGGGCAUGCCCCACCCGCAGACCAAGAAGGACCUUUAUGAACCCACGCACGGUGGCAAAGUGCUCACCAUGGCACCGGGCCUCACCUCGGUUGAGAUCAUCCCCUUCAGGGUUGCUGCAUACAACAAGUCCAAGAAGGCCAUGGACUUUUUCGACCCAGAGCGUCAUGCCGACUUUGAGUUCAUCUCCGGAACCAAGAUGAGAAAUUUGGCACGCAGUGGAGAGAACCCACCGGACGGCUUCAUGGCCCCCAAGGCCUGGAAGGUGCUGGUGGACUACUACAACUCCCUGCAAAAGGACAAGUAACCAGUACGACGCUGCUCUACUUCUGCAAGACAAUGAGGAUUAUUAUCAGUUAGUUAGCUGUGCUGAAUUUUUAGGGCCAGUACAAUAAGUAAAGUGGCAUUCUAACUCAUGUGGGUGCUGGGGAACCUUUUACCAAAUCAAAGUACUUUUAAGUAGUUCACGCACAUUCCUUUUAAACUUGUCUGAUUUAUCAUUCCAUUGUGCAAUUGCACUCCCUUGCCAAUUUAUUACGCUUCAGUCCAACUCCUUUUGAGAUGAAAUAUUUGGAACUGGUUCAGUACAAACAGAUGAUUAUACAGUCUACCUUAUAAAUUGGCAACUGGACAUGAAUGCGUAUGAACAUGCCAUGUAUUUUUACACAGCAGAAGUCACAUAAGAAUCUAUUUUAACUAUGAGCACUAUAUCAUGUACUAUUUGAAGGAUACAUGGGUAAACUUCAUGGAAUGAUUCCACAUUUUAAUGCAUUUUAAGACUUGUUUCUUUCUAUUAACUUAAUGAAAUGCCAUCACUACCUAAAGUGCCUAAAGUUUAUAUUACAUGAGCUCUAAUGUCAUACAGUACAGCAUAGAUACAAGUUGAAAGUGCCUUUUCCCGAAAAAUCCCAACGUUGCGUAUAGACCUUUAAGCCAUGAUGCCCAUAAUUUACAUUUCAACAGGUAAAUUGAUUCAAAAAUAGAAUAUUAACAUGAUCAUUGGUGGACUGUCAUCUACUAUCAGGCUAGCCAUUGUUUUGCUGAAUUACUCAAAGACAACCCAACCAAACAUUUAAUUCAUACCUGUGAGAAAAUAGCUUCAAAAAAUCUGAUUAUGGAGGUUUGGUUCCCAGUUGGUCCCUUUAGAAGUGGUUAAUCCUUGCAAUCUUCUCGGUACAAUUAUUUAGGACACACACUCGAUUAUCCUCUUCAGCCACAGGUUCUGCUGGAUGCUUUUUUUUUAUUUAUUUUUUUUUUCCUCAGUAAAUGAAAAAACAACAACCAUUUGGGAGCUAUUUGGCAGUGCAACCCCAACAAGUUUUGGUCAUUGUUCCAGUUGAAGUCAUCAGCAGUCACUCGCUUUUCUGCCACCUGGAAGUACCCUGCCCCCCAUUGUUUACAAACAUGAAAAGGUCUAUACAAGUACUAAAAAUAACUCCGGGGAUGCAUGUGUUGCUGUGAAAUUUGGCAUUCAAACGCGUGGAAUAUGAGGAUGAAGAUAUGAAUGUAAGAUGCAGUAAUAAAUAAACUUAUUUGUUAUUAUGAA